AUGGGCUCCAUCACCGCAGCAAAUGCAGAAUUUUGUUUUGAUGUAUUCAAAGAGCUGAAAGUCCACCAUGCCAACGACAACAUCUUUUAUUCCCCCCUGAGCAUCAUUUCAGCCCUGGCCAUGGUCUAUCUGGGAGCAAGAGGUAACACUCAAUCUGAGAUGGAGCAGGUUCUUCACUUUGAUAACGUUACAGGAGUUGGAGACACUACUGACUCCCAGUGUGGCACUUCUGAAUACAUCCACAAUUCAUUCAACGAUCUUCUCUCAGAUAUCACCAUGCCAAAUGCUACAUACUCACUCAAGAUUGCUGACAGACUCUAUAUUGAAGAAACAUACCCCGUUCUUCCGGAAUACUUAAAGUGUGCGAAGAGAUUCUACAAAGCAGGGCUGGAAGAAGUUAACUUCAAAACAGCUACAGAGGAAGCAAGACAGCUCAUUAAUACCUGGGUGGAGAAAGAGACAAAUGGACAGAUCCAAGAUUUCCUUGCCUCAGGCUCUGUUGAUCUCGAUACCAUGCUGGUCCUUGUGAAUGCCAUUUACUUCAAAGGGAUAUGGAAGAUGGCGUUUAAAGAAGAACACACUCGGGAAGUGCCCUUCAAUGUGACAGAGCAAGAAAGCAGGCCUGUGCAAAUGAUGUGUCAGAACAGUACCUUCAAAGUGGCAGCGGUGGCUGCAGAGAAAAUGAAGAUCCUGGAGCUUCCGUACGCCAGCGGGGAGCUGAGCAUGUUGGUGCUGUUGCCUGAUGAUGUCUCUGGCCUGGAGCAGCUUGAGAAUAAAAUCAGCUUUGAAAAACUUACGGAGUGGACCAGUCCCAAUGUGAUGGAAAAGAAGAGAGUGAAAGUGUACCUCCCGCGCAUGAAGAUUGAGGAAAAAUAUAACCUCACAUCUGUCUUAAUGGCCUUGGGUAUGACCGACCUGUUCAGUCCUUCAGCCAAUCUGUCUGGCAUCUCUUCAGCAGAGAGCCUGAAGAUAACUGAGGCCAUCCAUGAGGCAUACAUGGAAGUCAACGAAAAGGGCACCGAGAUGGCAGGCUCAGCGGUGGUGAUGGGAGACAUCAAACAUUCGUCUGAAUUUGAAGAGUUUAGGGCUGACCACCCUUUCCUUUUCUUGAUCAAACACAAUCCAACCAACAGCAUCCUCUUCUUUGGUAGAUAUUGUUCCCCUUAA